AUGCCAGCAAACUUCGCCAUAGGCAUAGUCGGCGGGACCAAGCGACACCAAAAUCAUCUCGCCAAGGGACCGUCAUUUUAUCACCCCACUUCAAAUAGGCCAGUCUGUCUCCCUAAUCGCAUCUUCUAUCCCCAGCCUUGUCUCCUGUCCGUCGCCAUGACUGCCUAUCUAGGACCGUUACACGGGCAAGACUUCGGCCAGGACGCUGGCCAAACAGACCGUCUGGCCGAGUCGCGCCCCGGCUUUGCAACUGGCAGAAUGUGGACCAAGGGAAACGCCAAAAUAAGUUCGGAUCUAUCUGCCACUUGGUUUCCUCGAUGGUACCACAUGUACACACACACACACACACACACACACAAUCACGCACACGCACAAACUGGACAGGUUGGCGAGCGAAAGUCAGACAAAGAGAGCGAAAAUAAAUCCCAACCCCUUGUACGACCUUUCAUCUCUCCCUACUUCGGUCGGCCGCCAUUGACCCUCGUGCCCAAUAGGGCUCUUAGCCUUCGGCUCCUAACCUGGCCGUUUCUUCAGGCCCGUGGCCGACACUCUGAACCCGGGAGAGAAUGUGCUGGCCGUAAAAUGAGGACAGGCCUGAUGUUGAGCCGGAGAUUCUAUCAAUGCUGGCAUGCGUGCAUAGGACGGACAGGAGGAGAGAAUUGGGUGGAGUGGAGUGAGGUGUGGUGUGGUGAUUGGGUUGUGUUGUGUUGUGUUGUGUGGUGUUGUGUUGUGUUGUGUUGUGUUGUGUUGGGGUGGGGUGGAGAGGGUAAGGCGAAAGACGACGCGAUAAAGCAAGGACAAUUUUUGAGCGCCCAGGUGAUGUGGCCAGGACUAGAGACAGGACUCGUCCAAGUGGACGGACGCAAGUUGGCAACAGCUGAAUUGGCAAAGCGGGAAAGAGACCGGAACGCGUCGGCGGUCGGCAACUGUCCAACUAGCCAGUCAUCUCAACCACUCAGACUGGCUCUGAUUAUAGGUCCAUCAAGUUUGCGUGCCGACAUUAAAUCUGCGAGCAGAUCAGCACAUCUUCCCACCCCGUACGGACGUGAGGAUUCCCCGUGGAUCUCUACAAAGUCUGUGUGCUUGUGUGAUUGUCCAUUUGUCUGUUUGAGUGUGCAUUAA